AUGGAUGUUAUCAUUGGCAGAUUCUACACCGCUCCAUGUCUUGACGAGUUGUCUAUAAGCUACUGCAAAAAACAGGAGUCUGUUCCAACUUUACAGGGAUGCGCAUCCCUCCGUGAAUUGAGAGUUUUCAAAUGUGAAGGAUUUGUAAGCAUACUGAGUGGCCUAGAAUCUUGUACUUGUCUUCGUUUUCUGCGUAUCCAGUAUUGUCAAAAUUUCAGGAAUUUAUUGGAUGUGCUACAGAGCCCUGUAUCUCUUGAGGGGUUAAGAAUAACUGACUGUCCUUAUCUAGAGACUAUUCCAAGCUCAGACAACCUCAAAUCCCUCAGUCUGUUGUGGAUUGAAAAAUGUAAUGCAUGA